AUGGUGUUUUUACCCAGUCAACAAUAUGCACCUUUGGACCCAAUUCCAGAUGACGUCCCCAUCUGCGAGUUCAUGCUGAAUGAGAAGUAUGGACGUAUGCCACACGCACAGUCGAGCGAUCCAUUCACCUGUGGCUUGACCGGCAAGUCCUACUCUUCCCGUGAGAUUGUCGAUCGGGUUGAUUACAUUGCGCGCGGUCUUGCAAAGGAAUUCGGUUGGGCGCCUAAUCAGGGCACUGAAUUCGACAAGACCGUAGGCAUCUUCAGCGUGAAUACGAUCGACGCCCUCCCGUUCUUCUGGGGUGUCCACCGCUUGGGUGGUGUUGUGUCUCCUGCGAAUGCGGCAUACUCAGCUGCCGAGUUGAAACAUCAAAUCUUGGAUUCUGACGCUAAGGCCCUCUUCACUUGCGUCCCCCUCCUGUCAGUUGCCUUAGAAGGAGCCUCUCUCGCCGGACUACCCAGAAAUCGAGUCUACCUGAUGGAUGUACCAGACGCGAUUCUGGGAGGCGCAAAAGUCCCGACCGAAUUCAAAACAGUCAACCAGUUGGCCGAAGCUGGCAAGUCCCUUCCCUCAUUGGAGCCCUUGAAGUGGGGCCCCGGCGAAGGAGCGCGGCGAACUGCAUUCUUGUGCUACUCUAGUGGAACAUCUGGACUUCCUAAAGGUGUCAUGAUUUCUCACCGCAACGUUAUCGCGAACACAUUGCAGAUCAAGGCUUUCGAGACGCGUCACAGAGAGUCACAGCUGCCGCUUAAAGGACAGUCUGUGUAUUCCGAUGUUAGCAUUGGCCUUCUUCCGCAGAGUCACAUCUACGCAUUGGUUGUCAUCUGCCACGCUGGUCCCUACCGUGGAGAUCAAGUAAUCGUUCUACCCAAAUUCGAUCUCAACGUAUACCUCAGUGCGAUUCAGAAGUUCAAGAUCAGUUGCUUGUUCUUGGUCCCCCCUAUCAUCAUCAACAUGAUCCGCAGCCAGGACAUUUGUUCAAAGUAUGACUUGAGCUCUGUGACGACACUCUUCACAGGCGCCGCGCCCUUAGGCAUGGAGACGGCGCUUGAUUUCCAGAAGAUCUACCCGAACGUUGUCAUUCGGCAAGGAUACGGACUUACGGAAACAUCGACCGUGGUCAGUUCUACGCUUCCCGGAGAUGUAGUGCUGGGUUCCUCUGGCUGUUUGCUACCAGGCGUUGAGGCGCGCAUUAUGACUUCCGAAGGCAAAGAAGUCACGGACUAUGACACGCCCGGCGAGCUUGUAGUGCGAUCCCCAAGCGUGGUCCUCGGAUAUCUGAACAAUGAAAAAGCCACUAAGGAGACCUUUGAAAACGGAUGGAUGCGCACUGGCGAUGAGGCUGUUGUGCGCAAGGGGCCCAAUGGGACCGAGCAUGUCUACAUCGUUGAUCGUAUCAAGGAGUUGAUCAAGGUCAAAGGCCUCCAAGUCGCACCCGCCGAGCUGGAAGCACACCUCCUGAGUCACCCAGCCGUCGCAGACUGCGCUGUCAUCGCUAUUCCCGACGACGCAGCAGGCGAAGUUCCCAAGGCCAUUGUCGUCAAAUCGCCUUCCGCAGGCUCAGACGAAGAAGCCGCUGAAGCUAUCAAGAAGCAUGUCCAAGACCACAAAGCUCGGCACAAGUGGUUGAAGGGUGGUGUUCGAUUCAUGGACACGAUCCCUAAGAGUCCGAGUGGAAAGAUCUUGCGCCGUCUCCUGCGUGACCAAGAGAAGGAAGCCCGAAGAAAGGCUGGUGCUAAGAUCUAA